AGUCGCCUCUCUCCCUCUCUCUAUUAUUUCUUUGCCAAAUCAUCACGUUGUCGGUGGUAAUCCAUGGGACAGCCUUUAAUUACAUCUGAUGUCCUGGUCAAUAAUUUCCGACAUGCCGUGCUAAAUAAAGAAAUCAAUAAGCUUCUGAAAUGUUAUAGAGUGGGACGAGAGGAGGAGGAGUCAGCCUGUCCCUACACUACGAUGAUGGAGCAAUAUGUCUCUCAAAUCUGUCGGACAAGCUGAUACCUAGAUUUUAUUUUUCAAAUCUUAUAUGCCAUUUAGGGGUGGAUUGUAAACUAUCAAAGUACAGCGGGUGACAUCUGACCCUGUGUGAUGACUAACAUGGAGAUACCAGCUGGUCUGAAGGAGCUGCUGCAGGGUUACACAGUGGAGGUGCUUCGAUGCAGGCCGGCAAACUUGGUUGAAUUUGCCGUGCAACAUUUUACACAAAUUCUAGAGGGUCAGAAAAACGACCUAAAAGCCAAGAAACGCAGCACCAGAUCUUCACUGAAAGGAGUGACCUUUGAAACAAAGUCUAAUAAGCCCAAAAAGGAGGAUGAAGAGGAGGAGAAAGACAUUAUAAAAUCCACCACGGCUAAAUACAGUCGCAGGGUUUCAGUCUGUGCAGAAGCGUACAACCCUGAUGACGAUGAAGACGAUGAUUCAGAGCCUCGGGUUGUGCAUCCCAAAACAGACGAGCAGCGGCGCAGACUCCAGGACGCCUGCAGAGACAUUUUACUGUUUAAAACGCUGGAGCAGGAGCAGUUCUCUGAGGUGUUGGACGGCAUGUUCGAGGUGUUGGUCGAACCUCAGGAUCACAUCAUAGACCAAGGAGACGAUGGGGACAACUUUUAUGUCAUAGAGAAGGGUGUGUAUGAUAUUUUCGUGCAGAAGGACGGAGUGAGCAUUUGCGUUGGAAAGUAUGACAAUAAGGGCAGUUUUGGUGAGCUGGCUCUCAUGUACAACACGCCGCGAGCUGCCACUAUCAUAGCAACACAGGAAGGCGCCCUCUGGGGCUUGGAUCGAGCUACAUUUCAUAGACUGAUUCUUAGAAAUAAUGCAAAGAAGAGGAGGAUGUAUGAGGCCUUCAUCGAGUGUGUUCCUCUUCUCAAGUCUCUUGAGCUCUCUGAGAGGAUGAAGAUUGUGGAUGUGUUGGGAGUGCGAGUGUUCAAAGAUGGAGAGUGCCUAUUAAUGCAGGGGGACGAGGCUGACUGUUUCUACAUUGUGGAAUCAGGAGAGGUGAAGAUAAUGAUAAAAAGCAAAGCUGCUUUAUUGGUGUCACAGACGAAGGCUGGCCAGCAGGAUAACUCAGAGGUGGAGGUGGCGCGCUGCUCUAAAGGCCAGUAUUUUGGGGAGUUGGCACUGGUCACUAACAAACCCCGUGCAGCGUCAGUUUACGCUGUGGGAGAAACCAAAUGUUUAGUAAUUGACAUCCAGGCUUUUGAGCGUUUGUUGGGACCCUGCAUGGACAUCAUGAAGAGGAACAUUUCCCAGUAUGAACAACAGCGUGUGGCUCUUUUGGGGUCAAGUGUAGAUUUGAAACACUAAGACAAUAAUAAAUAAAGUAGUGUACAAGUACUUAGUGAACUCCCGCUUGGGCUAAAUGAACAGUACUCCUAUAACUUUGAGAGACACACUUUGUUUUAAUCAUCUAUUAAAAUGAAUGCAGCAGAACCAGAGACCAUAUUUGCCAAUACUCUCUUCCUUGUAAAAAAAAAUGCCUUCAUUUCUUAAGAUUGCUUAAAUGUGAAAAUCCAUCAAAAAGAUCAAGGUUUUAUAAGUUAAGCUACAGAUCAAUACAAAUCUAAUGUAUUUAACUAAACAAUAAAAUACAUUAUUCAUUUGUAAACAUUGAUAUGCAGCUGAGGCACAAUUUUAUUACCACUUUAGUAUCAAAAUGAUAUGCUAAAUAAAACGUUUCAUAAUUGUUCACCUACACAGAGCUCAUUUCCAUUUGGCGCUGUUGUGCUCGUCGAUCACCAUUUGAUUUUAAGAUAAUAAGAAGUGCAUUUUACAUUUAAAAUGAGCAAACUAUUCACAACCCCUUCUGCUGUUCACUCAAACCUUUGUCUGGUAUGAAUUGUGUAACCUUGUUUUUAUUAACCUCUCGAGUAAAGAGUGAGAUUGCAAAAAUGACAAACAUGACAUAAAAAAUAAAGGAGUACAUCUUACAUUC